AUGGACCUAAAGGCUGUUCACCUGUUGAUGGGCCAAUUCGCAGCCGUAAAGACUGUGUCUAUGCAAAAGGUCCCGGGCCGCCCGCAUAUAGACACAGGAACGGUCAAGAUUUGUAUCGAGGUCAAGAAACCAAUCCCCAACAUCGUAUACUACGAGGGUGUGCCCCUGACCCUUGGAUACCGAGGUGUAGAGCAAAUCUGUCGACACUGCCUCGAGCCAGGUCACGAGCAGAGGGACUGUAAGGCUAGCCUCUGCGAAAACUGCCAUAGCAGGUUUCAUGCUGCGAGGAAUUGUCCAAAGCCGUGCCGAGUCUGCACGGGGGACCAUAGCAUUCUGUCUUGUAGUGCAAAGGGCUCUGUUGAGGAAGCAGCUGCUUCCGACAACAUCGAGAUGGAGGUGUCCACGGAUGCCUCUGUCCCCGUCUCUUCUCCCGUCAACCUGCCGGAGGCCCAAGCUGCUCCAAUGGUUGUCGAAGAUACUGCCCCAGUCCCAGCUCCGCCUGUGGAAACUGGCAAUAGUAAUAAGGUAGAUGAUAAGAUAGAGGAAGACUGCUCUAAGCUAGAUAGUAGGAAGCAGUCAAUAAGUAGUGUUAGGACUAGAAGUAAGACUAGUCGUAAUUCCAAGGGGAGUGAAGGUGAAAGUAGUAGCGAUGUGUCCGCUGCUGCGGGAUCCAGAUCUGGGAGGGAAGGUAGGCCUAGUAAACGGGCCUGCCGCCGUAGACGUAAGAAUAGGAAGGCCAGGGCUG